GAAACCUUAUAGCAUAUUCAUCGCAAGUAAACACAACACGCAAGCACAGUGAUUAAUUAUCUUCAUGCUUCGAUUGCCGAAGAUGCAUAGGCUUCUUAUACUUUAUAUGUUUGUUCUGUGUGUGUCACGCUCUGGCGUGGUACAAGCAGAUAAUGCGCCUGCUCCUUCGCCGAAGCCAACGACGUCGACGCCACCAACGAAGUCGCCUUCUCCGUCCAUUUCUCCAGCAAUUUCACCGAGCACUUCUUCUGCCGUUUCUCCGGCGACUAAUCCACCAUCCCCUUCAAAGUCUCCGACUUUAUCUCCUACGCCCACCCCGGAAACUCCUGCGCCGGUGUCAAAUCCGCCGGCGAAAUCCCCGUCUAUUUCGCCGGGAAAAUCUCCUUCAAGCCCACCGAAGGCCGUCGUUUCUCCGACCACGAGUCCCUCGCCAAGUGCGUCUUCUCCAGUUCCGUCCCCUGCACAGGUUUUAUCCCCGCCGAGUUCAACUCCCAUGAGCCCCCCAGAAACUACUCCGGUCGGGGCACCAAAAACUGCGGAGGUUCCGGCAAAUGGCCCCACUCCCGAGGCAUCGGCAAAUAUCCCAUCAAGUUCUGCGACUCCGGUGGAGUCACCAGCAGUUUUUCCAUCGAGCAGCAGCCCUCCAAGUCCGGUGCCGUCGAGAUUGUCUCCGGAGACUUCUGCACAAGGACCGGUCAGUGACGAGUCGGGUGCGGACUCGAAGAGAGGGGCAGGGGUCAUUUUGAGUGGCCUGAGUAUCGUAGCCGCUUUGGCAUUCUAAUCUUUAAAUUUUAAUUUGUUUUAGGGUUUAUUCUGUCGUUUAUUAUUCAUAUUUAUUUCCCAGUACUUCCUAAACCGUCGUUGUAUUUUUGGAAUGAUAAAUAUUCUUUAAUUCUAA